UUUUUCAUGUUAUUGACAGGCUGGGAAGUGAAUACGAGUUUCGUUUUGAGGUUAGGUUAAACUUCAAAUGUUUAUGUUUUUAUGACGAAGAAGUGUAAUUUUGAUUCGUCUUGAUAAUAAGAUAUAAUAUUCUUUUAACAUUUAAAUCACAUAAUCUGUUCUAAACUAAACUAUUGAAUACUUAUGAUUAGAUUUGUAAGGUUAAGUGUAGUUUUCGUCCAAUUGGGAUUAGUUUCAUUGAAUGGACAAUUUUGUAAGAAGUUAUGCUUAAGAAGUAUAAACAUGGCCCAUAGUGACAUAACUGGUAUUUGUAAGUUAGCUACAAAUUUUAGUGACUGGCAGUUUUCUAAUUUCAAGCUUUUAGAACUCCCCAUUGAUGAAAUCAAAGACAAUUUCCUUAGAAGAAAUAAUGCAGGAUGUUUAUUUUCUAAUGUUAAUCCGACUCCUCUGAAAUUACCAAAUCUAGUUGCAUAUUCAAAGGAUGUACUUACAACAAUUUUAAAUAUGGACCCAAGUAUAACACAAACACAAGAGUUUGCCGAUUUCAUUGCCGGUAAUACAAUCUUAAAUAAUUCAAUUCCAUUAGCUCAUAGAUAUGGUGGUCAUCAGUUUGGAUAUUGGGCCACUCAGUUAGGCGAUGGACGAGCAAUUCUAUUAGGGGAGUUCAUUAACAGUGCUGGUGAAAGAUGGGAGUUGCAGUUGAAAGGUUCCGGUAAAACUCCGUAUUCAAGAGAUGGUGAUGGGAGAGCUGUGUUGAGGUCGUCCAUCAGGGAAUUUCUUUGUUCUGAGGCUAUGUUUUAUUUAGGCAUCCCGACAUCUCGAGCUGCAGCGAUUGUAGUGAGUGACGAACGAGCAUUCCGAGACCCCUUGUACGACGGCAAUCCUGUCAUGGAGAAGACGGCUGUUGUCUUGCGAUUAGCACCCUCUUGGUUUCGCUUUGGUUCAUUUGAGUUACCGGCUAAGACCAACGAACUUGACUUAUUGAAGAAAUUGUUUGAUUUCAUCCUUAAGGAACACUUCCCCGAUAUCGACCCAACAUCAGACGACAGAGUGCUGACGUUCUUGAGCCGAGUGAGUAGGUUAACGUCAGACCUUGUGGUGGCGUGGCAAGGUGUCGGCUUCACCCAUGGAGUCCUCAAUACAGACAACAUGAGUGUGCUGGGACUGACCAUAGACUACGGACCCUUCGGAUUUGUCGAGGCCUACCAGCCCGAGUAUGUCCCCAACGCUUCAGACCACGAGGCGCGCUAUUGCUACAUCAGACAACCUGACAUAAUCAUGUACAACCUGAUGAAGCUGAGCCAAGCCUUGUCACCACUGCUAACCGAAUCACAGAGAGACCAGGUCGGAGUCCUGUUGUCUGCGGAGGUCAAAUACAUUGAGGACAGUCUCAUGAAGAUGUUCUCUGCUAAGCUUGGACUGCCUAAGUCUGAGCCAGGCCUGGUGGUGUUGUUCAUGACAAUGUUGGAAGAAACAAAGUCCGAUUUUACAAUGACAUUCCGGGACCUCAGUGAGAUCGAGUUGGAACAUGUUAGGACACCGUGUCCCGGCAACUACUGGGCACUUGCUAACCUGGCGCAACACGCAGAGUACCCCCGGUUUAUCUCCUUGUACUCGGACAAACUCAAAGAAGCAGGAGUGUCAGAGGAGGUGCGACAUAGACAGAUGUGUGAACGCAACCCUCGCUAUGUACUACGUAACUGGAUAGCUCAGAAAGCCAUUAUGCAAGCAGAGGAGGGCAAUUACGUUGAGGUUGAGCGAUUGUUGCGGGUUCUAUCAACCCCAUUCACAAAGCAGGAAGAAGCGGAGAAGAUGGGUUUUGCUGGACCUCCCCCUGAUUGGGCAGCUAAGCUGCGUCUGAGUUGUUCCAGCUAACUCGCUAACCUUCUGACAAUAGAUAAUAGACAAUAGCCUUUAUUUGUACAAUCUUCAAGAAUUACAAUAGUCUCAACAUUUUACAAAAUACAUAGUGAGUAUGGUUUAAAUUUAAUUAUUUAGUGUGAGUCAAUCUUUCAAAUGUGGUUUGUAAGCUUCAAAGCUCCACUCGGUCCUCCACUUUAAGAAUUCGCCAAUUGUAUAAAAAGGGUGGUUCAGUAACCAUCUUCUCAGCUCCCUCUUGAUGGCAUUGCUCUCUGCUUGUGACUUGACGAAUUCGGGUAGGAUUUUGAAGAGCUUGGCACCCAUGUACGAUGGCUUCUCCGAAUACAAUGCGGUUUUAUGUGCUGAUAAAGUGAAAUUUGCAGCCCGGCGGGUGUUGUAUGUGUGCAGGUCUCUUCCCCUUGUCAAGUUGUUAUUGUUUGCAUACAUUAUUACUUGUAGUAUGUACAGAGAUACUACAGUUAAUAUGUUAAGCUCCAUGAAUGCUUUUCGAUAAGUAUCUCUGGGCUGUAAACCUACAAGAAUUCGGAUGCACUUUUUUUGUAGAAUAAGAGGUCUUUGUAGAUUUAUUAUACUGGAAUACUCCCAAACUGGAAGGCAAUAUCUAAGAUGAGAGUCAAAGACUGCAUAGUAAGGCAUAAUUGCAGUUUGUUUAUCACUAAUGGCCUUAAUCGUCUUGACUACAUAGAUUCUUGAAGCCAGCUUCUUCAGAGGUUGUCAACAUGUGUGGUCCAUUUUAGACCAUUGUCAAUUGUAACACCUAGGUAUCUGGCUUCAUCCACAGCUUCGAUUUUUGGCAGCAAUCCCACCUCACCUUUCUUCCGUCCCAUGACUAGCUGCUUGGAUUUAGUCUCAUUCACAAUGAGAUUGUUGUUAUGACAGUACUGAACAGCCAUCUCUGUAGCAAUGUGAGCUGAGACUUCCAGGGUUUGAGGUGUGCUAUCACUAAGGAGGAGAACUGUAUCAUCUGUAUACAUUAUGGUUGUUGUUUAUUCUUCCAAAUAACUGGGGAGGUCAUUUGUAAAUAAAAUAAAAAGAACUUGCCCCAGGACAGAUCCCUGUGGUACACCUCUAAAAACUGGAAGCGGUUUGGAUCUCACUGAUUGAGUACAUCUCUUCUCUGUGUGUGUUAGUUCAAACACCUGAUGUCUGUCUGAUAGAUAACUCUCAAACCAUCUUCCUGCAACAUCUCUGAUACCAAUGCCUUCUAACUUCUUCAACAGCUGAGUAUGGUCAAGGCAAUCGAAUGCUUUGCUGAAAUCUAGAAGGAUGGAAGUAGAUGGAGAUUACAAACUCCACUAGGCUAAUCACAGCAGUAGUUGUAGACCGUCCUUUUAUAAAGCCAUGCUGAUGCUUGGUGAUUAUAUCAUGCUCAGAGAGAUGGUUCAUGAGCCGGGACAAUGCUACUUUCUCAAUUACUUUGAAGAACGUCGAUAUCAAUGAUAUUGGACGUUAGUUACCCACUUCUACUGCAUUACCCUGAUUAAGAAUGGGUAUGACUUAGGCCCACUUGAGCCGAGAUGGAAGCUUUCCUUCUUUGAAAGAUUUAUUGAUUAGAAGGGUCAGUGGAUAAACAAGCUCAUUACAGCACGCUUUUAGAAGCUUAGAUGAUACUUCGUCCAUUCCAGCUGAUGUUUUGCUUUUGAGAGAGGAUAUAAUUUUCUUUACUUCUUGGACUGUAGCAGGAAAUAGGAACAAGUUAGGGCCUGUGAAGUUGGGAGUUGCUAACACUAGAUCUGGUUUUGAAUUGACUGCUAGAGCAUUGUCAGCUAGUGUAAAAGUGUUAUUUAGGAAGUCAGUAAUUUGUUUGGGGUCAGUCAAUUUUUCAUCUCUUGGGCCAAUCAGUAGUUGAGGACCUUUCGAGAUUCGAUGUUUCCUUUCCUUGUUUAUUACAGCCCAAACAGCUUUUGCUUUAUUAUCAGAGCAAGCAAUUUGAUUGGCAGUUGCCUGCCAUCUUAAUGCCUUUAAUUUGAUGGCAUCAAGUCAAAUAGUUUUUCUUUUUGAGAGCAACGUCUUGCUUAUGUUCCAGCAGAUCUGUAAGUGUGUAUUGUGUCUGUGCUCUCAAAAAGUCUUCCCUCAAACUAUCUGCUUCAGCAUCUGAUACUCUGUUCCUUUUUUUGCCUUUCAGUCGUGUUCUUUUACGAUAAAAUUGCGGGAAGCAGCCCCUUCCACGCGCAUCACGGCCGCGCAGUGUCUUUGUGUCAGUCAGUCUGUCAUUGACCUUGGCUGAGACAAAAGGCGUCCGUACAGACCCACCGAGUGAUUGACUUACUUCAAUUUACCUUUGCGUAGUGAUUGCAGAUUUAGCGUUAGUGCAAAGUAUUGAUUAUAUUAUUUAUUUUGUUGUGAUGUGAA